AUGCACCAAUCUGAAGACACUUUUCGUAAGAUCGUACCAACGUGUUCCUCGCCAACGUCAUUCACGAAACUUACGGACAUGACGACCGCAAGGGAAAGACACGACUGGAAAAGCUGUAACUCGCCAUUCUCGCAACUGUUGGAUCGUGCGAGGCUGCGCGCGUCCACUUAUCUUUCUUUUCUCAUCAACACAAAGAAUGCCAUCGCGCGACUGCAUUCCAGCUGCUCGCCCCAACAUGCUGAGUUCACAGUUUUUUCUUUUCUUCUUGCAUACGCUUACGAUUUUCUUUAG